AUGGGCUCUCUUCGGGCUGCGCCGGACGUGCGGGGCCUCGGAUGUUUCAUCACGGGGGGUUCGAUGGGGAUUGGAGCGGCGCUCGGGGAGGCGCUGGUCCGCCGCGGCGCCUUCGUCACCCUGGUCGAUCGUGACGAGCGCGGUCGAGAGGUCGCGAGGGCUCUCGACGCGCGGGGAGGGCCCGGCAAGUGCCAGUUUGUGUGGGCGGACGUCCGCGACCACCAGCAGAACGUGGACGCGGCGAGGGCGCAUAUGGACGCGUUCGGGAGGAUGGACAUCGCGGUCCUGAACGCGGGCAUCGGGGAGUACGGCGACUUCGCUUCUGCGAGCACCAACGCCGACCAGUGGCGCGAGGUGGUCGACGCCGACCUCUCCGGAGUCGUCUCGGGCACGUGGGUGGCCAUCCAGCACCUCAAGGCCGCCCCGGACGGCUCCCCGCGGCUCCUGGCCAACGUCGCCAGCGCCGGCGGCAUCCUCCCGAUGCCACACGCGCCCGUCUACGCGGCGACGAAGGGCGGCGUCGUGCACUUCACGCGCUCGCUCGCGGGGCUCAAGCGGCGCUACGGCAUCCGCUGCGUGUCGCUGUGUCCGUCGUACAUCGACACCCACCUGGUACAACAAGCCUUCAAGGUCAUACCGCCGCGCGCGAAGCGGGCGAUGCUCGACGUGGUCGGCGGCGAGCUCAUGGGCUGCGACGUCAUGGUCGACGCGCUCGACCGCGCGCUCGCGGACCAGGCCCUCAACGGCGUCGCCCUGUACAUCUCCAGAGACGAGGGCGGGCGGGAGGCAACGUCCGCGGUGCUGCCCGACGAGUACCACCGUCUGCUGCCGAAUGGGUGGAUCCGGCGAACGGUGUCGACGAAGGGGCCGCCGGGGAAGCGGCUGGCGCCGGGGCGGCUGUAUCACGAGCUGACGGCGCAGCUGGGGCGCACGUCCGUGUUCGCGCCGGGCGCGCAGCACAGGGGGCUGCUGGCGCAGCGCGCGGCGUGGGCGCGCAUGCAGGUGGCUUCUGCGGCCUGCCGCGGCGUGAUCGUGCACGCGCUCAACCACGACUUCCGCGCCGCGACGCGCGUGGAGACGCUCCCGGCAGCGGCGAAGCCCAGCGGGCCCGGACAGGGACAUGUGCUGUUGGUGCGCGUGUUUGCGGGUGUCAACGCAUCCGACGUCAACUACAGCUCGGGGAGGUAUCACAACAGCCGCAAGGAGGCCGCGGCCGCGCUGCCGUAUCCGUCGGGCUUCGAGGCGAGCGCGGUCGUGGCGGAGGUGGGUCCGGGGGUGAAGGGAAUCGAGCCAGGGACAUCGGUGGUGACGAUGACCUAUGGCGGGUUCAGCACGCAGGUGGUCGAGGCCGCGCGCUCGUGCAUACCCGUCGCGGACCCCGGACCGGAGGCAGUGGCGCUGGCCACGUCCGGUCUGACUGCGUCGAUCGCGCUCGACCAGGUGGCGGAGCUGCAGCCUGGCGAGACGGUGCUCGUGACAGCGGCGGCGGGGGGCACUGGCCAGUUCGCGUGUCAGAUUGCCAAGCUGAUGGGGUGCCGCGUAUUCGCGACGUGCUCGUCGCCAGCCAAGUCCGACCUGCUCAAGUCGUUCGGCGUCGACCGCGUCGUGAACUACAAGGAGGAAAACCUCGACAAGGUGCUCGCGGAGGAGUGCCCCACCGGCCUCGACGUGGUGUACGAGUCCGUCGGCGGCUCCAUGCUGGACGUGGCGCUCAAACACCUCGCCGUCCGCGGCCGCCUCGUCGUCAUCGGCAUGAUGUCGCAGUACGGCGAGGGCUGGCCGGCCUCGCAGCACCGGGCCGUCCCUGAGCGCCUCCUCGCGAAGUCGGCGUCGAUCCGCGGGUUCUUCCUCCCGGCGUUCGGCCCGCUGAUCAAGCCGCACAUGGCGAUGCUCGCGGGCCUCCUGCGCGCGGGGAAGCUGCGCGUCGAGGUGGACCCGACGCCGUUCGCCGGGGUGGAGCGCGUCGCGGACGCCGUGGAGCAUCUGCAGUCUGGCUGCAGUCGCGGGAAGGUGGUGGUGCAGAUGUGCAAGCAGCUGCCGCCGGGAACUGGCGCGCAGGCGAGAAUGUGA